CACACCGACACAGACAAGUUGAGGCACAGACGGACACAAGCCGUCUGUCCAGUCGGCCGGUUACCGGCCGAAAGGGUGGGUCUCCGUGGGCAACUUCACGUGGCAAAGACGUCUUCACGACGACCAGUUGGCCGAUUUGUCGAUUUGCCAAAGUCUGCGGCCCAACCUUCGAAUUGGCCUGAUUUGAUUAGGCCACCAGCCGAAACUCUCUGCUUUUCAGAACUCUUCUCGUCCAUCACAUCUUCCCUCUCCGACUCCACGACUCAUGAACGCAUCACCACCGCCCGGCCUCCUUGCCUCUCCAGCCUCGUUGCGAUCCAGUCUUCUUCCUUCUUUCCGCCGUCCAACUCUACUUUUCCCUCUUCCUCCGGCCGACUUGGCCAUAGCGAACAUCACACUCUCCCUGCUCCCCUCUACACUUGUCGGCAAAUCAAGUUUCAAGAGCUUUCGCCCAAAUCCUAUUUGUCCUCGCAGGCCCGCCUAACAGCCCGACUUGAAGUCACACCUCACCCACCUCCACCUCCACCUCCACCCGCCCCCCUGUCCCAUGCGACUCUCAUUUUGCUUCACACCUAA